CGGGCGCUCUCUGAUGCGGAAGUGACUGUGAGCGCCAAGUAAGAAGCAGUGGCUGGAUCCCAGAACUCCUAAAUCAUGCCUGAAUGGGGGUCUUAUUAUUCCAAGGAGGAGGGUGAUGAAGAAGAGGAACAAGAAGAUGGAGAAGCAGAAACUAAUGAGUAUCGUUUUGGCGGUCGAGACUGCUUAAUAUUCCUUGUUGAUGCCUCUAAGUCUAUGUUUAACCACCUCACCAAUGAUGGGUUAUCUCCAUUUGACCUUACUCUUCAGUGUAUUCGUAACGUCUACACCACUAAGAUCAUAAGCAGCGCGCAAGACCUCUUAUCUGUGGUGUUCUUUGGUACCAAGGAGAGCAAGUCUGAUGCUUUCAAACAUAUCUAUGUUCUUCAUGAUCUGGAAAGCCCAGGUUCAAAAAGAGUUUUAGAACUGGACAAGUACAAGGAUGAGAAGGGGAGAUCUCUGUUUUCUGACACAAUAGGACAUAGCGAGGACUUCUCUCUUGGGGAUGCACUUUGGCAGUGCUCAAACCUCUUUAGCCAUGUGAAAACUAAAACAAGUCAUAAACGCAUCAUGCUAUUUACCAAUGAAGACCACCCUCAUUCCAAGAACCCUGCCAAGAUCACACAGGCAAUUGCCAAAGCUAAAGAUCUUCGGGAAAUGGGAAUCUUUCUUGACCUGUUGCAUCUGGAGAAACCUGGUGGCUUUGAUAUAUCCUUGUUUUACCGUGACAUUAUAAACAUCGAUGAUGAUGAAGAUUUGGGGGUGCAGUUUACAGCUUCAGAAAAGCUAGAUGAUCUCAUGAGAAAAGUGCGGGCCAAGGAAAAUAGGAAGAGGGCACUGACCAGACUUAUCUUUAAACUAGGGAAUGAAGUGUCUCUCUCAGUGGGGGUAUUUAACUUGGUUCAGAAAGCCGUGAAACCCGCCCCUGUGAAAUUGUACCGUGAGUCCAAUGAACCGGUAAAGACAAAGACACGAACAUUCAACAAGGAAACAGGAAGUCUUCUUCUUCCCAGUGAUACAAAACGAUCUCAGACAUAUGGAAAUCGUAAGAUUGUUCUAGAGAAGGAGGAGACUGAGCAACUGAAGCGAUUUGAUGAUCCUAGUUUGGUGCUAAUUGGAUUCAAACCAAUAAACCUAUUAAAGAAGCAUCAUUUCAUAAAACCUGCACAGUUUGUGUACCCAGAAGAGUCCCUCGUCACUGGGAGCAGUACUUUGUUUCACGCUUUGCUGACCAGGUGCCAGUCCCGGAAGGUUAUGGCCGUCUGCAGGUAUAUACCCCGCAGAAAUACACCCCCUCGGUUUGUGGCAUUGAUCCCACAGGAGGAGGUACUGGAUGAUAACAAUGUGCAGAUCAAACCACCAGGUUUCAGUCUUAUUUUCCUACCAUUUGCUGAUGACAUACGAAAAGUUGACUUCCCAGAAAAGAUUACUGCUAGUGAUGAGCAGGUCAAUAAAAUGAAAGAAAUUGUGCAAAAGAUGAGAUUUAAAUACAGGAGUGAUGCCUUUGAGAACCCUGCGCUUCAGCAGCACUUCCGUAACCUAGAGGCCCUUGCUUUGGAUAUGAUGGAACCAGAGCCCAUUGAGGAUCUGACAUUGCCAAAGGUGGCAAUGAUUGAUAAUCGUGUGGGCUCUCUGGUGGAUGAAUUUAAGGAAAUGGUUUACCCUGCAGGGUACAACCCAGAGGGCAAACCUGUAAAAAGAAAACAAGGUGAUGGAGAUGGCCCUGGUGAGAAAAGAGCCAAAGCAGACAUUUCAGUCUCUGAAGAAGAACUGAGGAACUUUGUAAAGAAUGGGACACUAGGGAAGCUGACUGUGCCUGUGUUAAAAGAGGCAUGCCGAAUGUAUGGGCUGAAGGGUGCAAAGAAACAGGAGUUGGUUGAUGCCCUUGUAGGUCACUUCAAAAAGAACUAGUCACCUUGUUCAGUCAGUGAGAGAUAAUCUUGUAUAAGCAUAUGCGGAUUCAAAUAGCCUUCUGUUAUAAUUACUUUGAUCAUCCAACUCUUUACCAUUAUUGGAGUUUAAAAAAAGAUCACAUUUCCUACAUACUGGAAGCUAUCAGUAUGUGGAUGAGCAGGUCUUAUGAACUCUGCUUGCUAUGGAAGUAAGAAUUCUUGCUAGCCAUGUCAUUAAAAGUUUGAUUGUCAGUGUGCCAUGCUUUUUUUUGUAAAUUAAAAAUUGCAUUUUAGGUUUGCCUUUCUACCCAGUUAUUAAAAUGUAAUUUUCUGUGCUACUUUCCUUCCACGUAUGUGAAAAAGAUGCCAGUAUAUAAUUUUGGAACAGUGGCAAUUGAGAAUUUGGUAAUUUAUGUCUUGUACCACUACUUUAUGUGCGGGUAUAUGGUGGUUC